AUGAAGGCAGUCAGAGUCUCAAUGCGCGGAACACAGCACUCAAUGGGUGGGCACAGCAUUGCCGCGGAUGGAUUUGUGCUGGACAUGAAGAAAAUGUCGAAGAUGAGCUUUGACCACCAAACGGGCUUGGUGACGUGCGGUCCUGGCUGUACCUGGUCCGAUUUAAUUCGCUAUCUCAACAACUUCGGAAUGUCACCCCACACAAUGCAGAGCUAUUCCUCCUUCUCCGUAGGCGGAACGAUAGCCGUGAAUGGGCAUGGCAUCACAACCGACGAGUGUCUUGUUGAGAGUGUCAGAGCUCUCCGGCUUGUCAAAUGGGAUGGAACUGUCCUGGUAUGCAGCCGCGAGGCCACUGGAGAAGGUCGCGAGCUGUUCGGCCUCGCAAUUGGAGGCUAUGGUCUCUUUGGCGUCAUCACGGAAGUGACCAUGGUGGUGAGCCGCAACUGCCACCUCACGAUGGAAAGAGUGAGGCUAAACAUCGAGGAGUUCGCGGCGUGCUACGCUCACGUACAGUCUGCCAAGGUGGGCCUAAAGCUGGCCCGCCUCAACAUUCUAGAGCCUGAUAACAUUGAGCUUUUCGUCUUUCGCAAAGCCCACUCGAGUGAUGUAGGGACCAUUUCUGUGCUGGGGCGACAGCCAAAAGGCUUGAGCUGGCAAAAGCAGCUGAUGUACAAAUGGGUCAUGCCGAACGCGCAGGAGCUGCGAUACAAGUUUGAGCAGUGGACUGGCACACGCGUGGACUGGAGCGGCGCGCUGGAGCGGAAUACGAUGAUGUACAUUAGCGCUGAGCCUGUGGCCAAGUUGUAUGAGCCUCUGGUACGCCUGGAUGACACCUUUGUUCUGCAGGAAUUCUUCGUGCCACGUGAAAAGAUCCAAGCAUGGAUCGAGGAUGCAAAGCCCAUCUACAAGGAGCUUGCAGUGCAUAGGCAGCUGCAGCUGCUCAACACCACGAUCCGGUUUGUGAGGCAGGACCUGGAGACUGUCCUCAACUACGCAGCAUCACCCGAGGGCAUGUUUGCCUUCGUCCUCUACUACCGGAUGCCCCGGACGCAAUCGGCUGAUCUUGAGCUGCAGCGCUUCCACACCUGGUUUGUGCAGGUUAGCUUGAAGCAUGGCGGGACGUUCUACUUGCCUUAUCGGCAUCACUACACCGCGGAGGAGCUAACCCGAGCAUACCCUCGCAUCGGUGAGUUUUUCAAGAGCAAGGAGAAGCAUGAUCCGUAA